CUUCAUCCGGCGAGUGGGAUAUCCUAAUCACGUUACUUAAUUAUCGCUCUUAGGCCGGUUUUGUCGACGUAAUUUUGGCUUACUGCACUAACAUUUUAUAUCUAUAAUAUUACCAAACUCAACAUGAAUAGGCAUAAAAAUAUAGACUUUUUAUCCCUUCAUAAAGAAUCGCAGAAUCUUUUAGUAGCUGCUUCGUGCUUAACAUACAAUAAAUGGAGUACAAAGUUUCUCAUCUACGACAAAAUUCCUGAAAAGUUUUCAGAACCAUUAGAGAGUAAUAUAUCAGACGAAUUCAAUACCACAAGUUGUUGUGGUGAAAUCUUAGAAAAAGGAAAAUUCGUUGUGGGAGACGACGAUGGAAACCUUGCACUUUUAUCCUACGACAAAUCCGGAAUAAUGGAGUUGAACAAAUAUCCUGUAGCUGAUUCUGGACUUACAUCACUAAUAACUGACUCCAACAAUACAGUUAUUUGCGGGUCGUUCGAUGGACAUGUUAAGGUAUUUCUUUUGGACGAGGAAAGAAUGACUGAUUUCUAUGAUCUUCAUUUGGCUAAAGUAUGCUCUAUUUAUUCACUGAAUUCAACAAAUUUAUUUUGUUCAACAUCACUUGAUGGGACGUGCUUGCUUGUUGAUCGAAAGUUGAAAUCGCCAGCUAAAGUAAUAAUGAAUUGUCCUGAAAAUCCUCCCACGUCAGUUUGGGCUAAAGACAGUAGCAGCUUUAUAAUUGGAACUGAAGCCGGAACUGUUCAAGAGUACGACUUACGGAAUGGAGCACAUCCACUUAAAGAAUAUUUUCAACAUAAUAGAUCUGUCACUAAAGUUCUAAAACAUAACAACGCGAUUGUUUCUUCUGCCGAAGAUGGUUGUAUAUGUACCAUUAAGAAGGAAGAAAGUAGAAAAUUUGCCGUACAUACAGACAUUGUUACUGAUAUGAUAGAUGUAGGUUAUAUUUUGUCUUGUGGUUGGGACGGAAAAAUUUGUAAAUUUACGGAAAUAUAG